CCUGAAUGACAAUGGUUCAUUUAAAUAACCCUAUCAUCAUACUACUUAUUUCAUUGUAUUAUGGACAAGACAGAAAGAAGUGUGAACUACGUCUGAUUUUUUGCAUAUAUAUUUUGGAGCCAAUAGCAUUAUUGACACUCGUGCUGCGUUCUGUUUCUGUUCUGUUCUGUUUUAACUUAUCACUGUUUUAUGUGGACAUUGUCCCUGUUGGAACCUAUAGGAUUAUUGAAACUCGUGCUGAGUUCUCUUAUAUGUGGACACUUUAAGACUAGCUUGAUAUAUGAUUAAUAAUCCUAUUGUUGUGGAAUUCUGGAAAUACUUUUAAAUACCAUUGAAAACUAAUGUUGAGAGGAAACGACGGAGAGGAUCUUAUGAUAGACAUCAAGGCAGCUAAUAUGAGCAAAGAAGAGCAUAAUGCGCGACAAAAGAAGAGAAGACAACUGUUGUUUAAUUUCUCCGCCCUUUGUUUGAUAUGGCUGUUCAGUUUUACAGCGUACAGCGGAUUGAUAAAUUUAGAAGCAUCACUACAUGCUGACACGGGACUCUACUCUCUAUUUGCCAUAACAUUCGGCGGAGUGAUUUCGUGCACUUUUGCGCCAACCGUUAUUGCGCGGUUAGGACCGAAAGGUAGUCUUAUACUUGCCUGUUUGUUCCAAACUGUCUAUGUCAUCGCUAACUAUUACCCGAAGGCCUACAUACUGAUAUCCGGUGGCGCCAUUUCCGGUCUAGCUUCCGGACUAAUGUGGACCGUUCAAGGAUGUUACAUUACUUCAAUAGCGGUGGAUUAUCUUCGUUAUGAUAUCAGCCAUACAUCUUUGGGUUCCAUUUUGAGUAAACUUAGUGGAAUUUUUUACAUGGCAUUCCAAAGUACACAGAUAUUUGGAAAUUUGAUAUCAUCGGUCGUGUUCCAGUUUGGUGAAACAACACUUAAGUUCACAAACAACAGUUUUUGUGGUGCUAACUUUUGCCCAUCAGAUAUGAACAUUCAUGUACCUAUGAACCGCAGUGAAAAUGGAACCAUAGCAACAACGCACGUGGAUGCAGCGAAUCAUGACAGUGUUAACAUAUUGAUUAGUACAUAUCUGGCAUGUACGGUCGUUGCACUUUUGAUUUGUAUUUUUGGAUUACGUCCCAUUGAAUCGAGUUUAUCGGAGAAGUAUGAUACCUUCAAAGAGAGAUUUGCCUCUAGUUGGGGCUUAUUAUUCAAAGAUCUGAAAGUCCUGUUAGUAGUGCCGUUGUAUUUUUAUAUAGGAAUGCAAUUGAUCGUCAUGUUUGUGCAGUUUACAAGGUCAUUCACAGCUUGUAGACUCGGUGUGGGUUGGAUUGGGUACACCAUGCUUUGUUUUGGUGCCGCUGACACGAUUGGGUCUUUGGUUUUUGGAUAUAUUGGCAAAUACACCGGACGAAUACCGCUAUUUUUGUUUGCUACAGUGUUGGAAUUAGGACUUUUGGCGUUCAUGAUGCUAUGGGACAUAACGAACGACACAUCACCUGUAUUCUUCUUCCUUAUACCUCUCUCAUGGGGUCUGUGUGACUCAAUAUGGAUGACGCAGAGUAUGGCACUGGUGGGUUCAGCUUUCCAUAAAAACCCAGAAGCAAUGUUUGCAUUGUGUAUAGCGUUCCAGGCGUUAGGAUCGGCCGUGGCUUACAUAUACAACAUUUAUAUUUGUGAAUAUGUAAAGAUAUAUAUCGUGUGUAUAACAUUAGUGGUAUCUGUUUUUCUUGUUCUAAUUCUAGAAAUACGGAUCAGACGUGCAGAUAAAAUCAGAGAAAGCCAAGUAAAACCGGAUAAUUCAAAUUCCGUAAAAGAGUCUCUGUUAAAACAGGAAAUUCAAAAUAUGCAUCCGGGAGAUAGGGCAUGACGGAUAACACAAUUCGCCAUUUAGAAUCUAAAACAUUUAGUGAUAAACUUUUCAAUUGAAGUACGCAAAAACUGUUUGGUUAGUAACGUCUUAUCUGCAACCUUGACAUUAAAAGUUCAACAACAAAUAGCGAAAUAUUUUACGUCUGUACAUGAGUAACUUUUAAUUGACCAACUCUUACAAUUUGGACUUUUGUGAUUUUCACAAAUUCCGAAUUCUAACUCGAUAGUUAGUCCCACUUACUGGCCCUAUAAGACUCCGAGACUCGAAGAGUCUAUUUUUGAGUGCCCUUUUAACAAUGAAGCAAGAGAAAUGUUGUUUUUAAAGCUAUAUCAAUUGAGCUUCAGUUGGCUCGUGAAAGUGACCUUACAUUUAAGCUAAAUAUUGAACUUGUUGUGUCUGUACAGUCUCAUAUCAGAAUUACACAAAGAUACAGGACAUACAAUUAAAAUUCUGAAUCUCCACUUUAUCACAGUUCACUUCAGUCCAGUUUUACUAACAUUAAUGUGCUGCGUCGGAUAGAAAUCGCCCUUAUGCAAGUGCACGUAUGUACAUGCACAUGUAUAAGACUUUGAUUGAUUUUGGAACAUUCAAAUACGAAUUAAAUAAAAGAUGAAUUCUGGUCUGUUUUGUAGGGUUCUUAUAACAACUCAAUUUUAAAACAGUUACAUACUUUCCGUAGAGAUUUUUUUCAACUCGAAAUAGGUUAACAAUUGCAUUGAUAUUCAUUUUCAUAAGGUCGUUUUUAUCCGACGCAGCUCAUUUCAUAUUUUAUUGGUAUUGUUUUUGUUUUUAUUUUGUUUAUAAUUUGUAUUACAUGCAUUUUUAUAUAUUAUGUUUUCGUCUUUAUCAAAUACACCUUGUCGAGAUUUAGUCCAUUCCGGGGAAAACAGUCAUUUAGACAACUUCCUGUUUGGGUCAAAUAUUGCAAAAACAAAGGUCAUCAGAAAUCAGCUAAGGGAGUAACCCGAAUAAUUCAGUCGUUAUAUUCCACUGCUCUACGAUGGCUACAUUAACGCCUGAAGGCCUUGUCAAUAAAAAAAUCGUCAAAUUAUCAUUCGGAAUUACCUCGGGAUUAACCUAUCUCGAUAACAUUGAGCUAUUAGCUGAUUGGCUCUCUCCCACAGAGAGCACCAAUCAAAAUCCUGGAUUCGUGACGCGUUUUUAUUUGUAUAGUAUAAAGAAUUCAGAUCCUCGCGAGUGGGAGAGUCGAUCACGGGGAGGGACUGAAUUAUUCGGGUUACUAAGGGAGGAAAAAGUUUGGAAAGUGAACAUUUUAAAAUUUUGAUAAAGCAAUUUUUAAAAGACAAAUUGAAGCCAUUAAAAUGCUUUGAUUGAUGUGUUUACGAUGGUUUAAACAUGUCUCUAUGAAAAGUUUUAUGCACAAUAUAUUGUUUGAACAAGGCCCCAGAUAACUUCAACUGGUUUGAAAAAGUUGUCUAAUAUAUGAAUUAAUCCGGAUAGGCAUAAUUAGCGAUAAGGUGUAUUGUUCUUUGUGUUCAUAUUUGUUGAUGGAGAAGACGUUACUGAUGUUGUUCUGUAUAACUUGUGUCCAAUCCCUUUUGCUACUUUUGCAAAUAAAAUAUGUUUAAACUAAGACGAGUCUUGCUGAAAAAAAAAUAUGGAUUUACCAAGCUGACAAUGAAAAAUCACUAGUCAAGUGAAAACAAACAACUCGAUGACAAAAAAAAAACCAAAAAACAAAGAAGACAAAACAACAAUAAAAAUUUCCAUUAAAGAGUGGCGACAAGAGGGGUUGUCAUACCGAAUUCCCGAAAACAUAAAACAUUCUUUCCUAGAUCCCGCAAAUCUAAACAUUUAUUCUCGAGUCCCGAUAAGUUCAAGUCUCGAAUUCUCUCGAAAAUGAAGGCCUACAGUACUCCCGAAUUUCCGCAAAAAUAAAGACCCAAUCCCGACGUCCCGAAAAAGUUCCUCCGCUCCUCAUUGAACAUAUUAAAUUAAUCUGAUGAUAUGUUUCUGGCGGUUAUAAUUAAAAUAAUUGAUGUCAUAAAGUAAUCACAAUUAUCCUUAAGUUUACAAAUUGUACAAUGUAGUUUGUUUCAAUUGUUAAAUACCAGUAUAUACCGAUAUAAAUAAAAAAAAUCUAAAAAUUCUGUAUUUAACGAAGGUAACACAUUUAACAAAAAGAUGUUAAUCUCCCCCAAGGCCUGUAUUAUACAUGUAAGCCACUGUAAAACUAAAAAGCAAAAUUGAAUUCAUGUCCGAAAUAGGGUUCAUAUGAAACUUGAAAUAUUUAUUAAGGCGAUAUUCAAAACAGGUCUUUAAUUACAUUUAAAUACUUGUUAGCACAUACUUACAACUUUUAGCACAUAUUUACAACUUCUUGUCCAAUCAAAUUGCUUAUAUUUGCCUUCUAAUUUUCAUAGUACAUACUUUUCCCGUGUACUAAGUAACUACGCAUGAAUGACCACAAGGGUAAGAUUUCAUUGUAUCGUAAUCAAGAUAUUUAAAACAAAAAUUGCCACUGGCUAUUUUGAAAUAAAAUGCUGUGUUCCAAAUUAAAUUAAAUAGUUUGUAAUUAGUUUUCACGUUGAUUUUUAAAUAUCCUGCUAUUAAAAUCUUUGGAUCUAAAAAAUGUUUUUGACAAUUGCAAAUUUUUUUCAUUUAAAUAAAGGGUAUCAUCCAUGCAAUUACUUUGUACACAAAAAAGUGUGUACUAUGAAACCUUGUGAAGGGAAAUUAAAGCAACUUGGUGAUAAUUUUUAAAACUUUCUUAAGGAAGGUGAUCUAUUUCGUCAUGAAUUGAUUGAUUUAUUGAUUAUCGGUUGCUUAAUUUCCAGUGGCAAAUAUUUCAUGCAUGUUCAGGACGAUGUCAUGAAUUGAAAAACUGUGAUUAUGUCUGAAGAUAAUGUGCCAAUUAUAUAUAUAAACAUA